AAAAGGCCCCAACCCUAGCUUUUCUAACAUGAAUGAGGAUGAAAUGAAGGCAAAAAUAGGGUUAAAGGAGAAGUUGCUAUCUUCAGUUGCAGUGCUCUCCUUGAAUUUCCUUUCAAUUUCUGCUGAUUUUCUUCAAUUUGGUGCUUGAUUCCCAUAGAUUUGUAGACUAGAGUGGCAAUCACCCGCUUGGAAGUUUCAAUAGAGGUUCCAUAUGCUCAUUAUACGUAAAAGCUAGGAUCUCAUGCUUUUGCUAUAAAGGCAGAUUAAUGUGUUACUAAAACGAUGAUUCAACUUUUGUUAUUUUGAAAAGCUUUGGAGAACAAUUGGCCUCAUAAAAUUUUUAUGUAAAUUACUUUUAUGUAUAUAAUAUUUAAAUUAAUUAUAAAUGAACUUAUCUUAA